AUGGGCACCCCCGGCCUGCCGCCAGAGAUCCUCUCCGAGAUCAUCGCCUAUCUCGACACCAUCAAGGACAAGACAACGCUCCGCAGCAUGCUCUUUGUGUCGCGGACCGUGUCCGCCAUCGCCAUGCCACACCUCUACGCGCGCCUGAAGCUCGAUGAAGCUCAGUUUGCACAACUAGUCGAAGGAAGCCGUGACGAUCCCUCCCGCCGUCUCCAACGCUUCGGCCUGAUUCAUCAUCUCGAACUCUGUCCACCGCCGUCUGCAGCGACCAUGGCCGGGGUGUACGAGGCAGUCGGCAGGGACCGCGAGCCGCUCUUCCCCAACGUGAAGACCUUGCGCCUUGAGCACCGCGACCACUGGAGGAUAGAAGACUACACCUAUUCCGUGCAGCGGAGCAUUGAUGGCGAUCUGUCGGGACUCCCUCCGAAGGAGAUGGCGCUCUUCGAGCACCGGACCGUCCAGAGCUCGAGCUUGACCGUCCACACGGGCGACCUUGAUGUCAUUCUCGGUCAUAUCCGGCGGGGAUGGAAGCGCCUCGUGGUCUACGAUACGGAUGCCGAGACCCUCCAACACCCUAAUGAGCAAGCAGUGUUCGUGCUGCUUACCAAGAAGGCCGAGGGGUACUCGGUCGAACCGACCAUGGUGUACCUGAGCAGGGACGAUGAGCGGGAGGGUAACAUUCGACAGCAGAUGGAGCACGAGAAACGGCGCAUGUCCUGGGAUCCGCCAACCCCAGAAUGCCUGGUAUUCGACGAUAAUGCCCCAGCUUGCAGUAUCUGCGGCCUCAGGUGGGAGGACUUUUGGGACGAGUUCGAUGCGGAUAAAGCUGCCACGGAAGCCUCGGCGUAG